ACGGCUCCCUCCUUCCCCACCUCCACUUCACUACGCUUUGUAUAAGCCACGCCGGCCGGUCGAUUCAAACCAAUUCAAACCCGACAUAGCACCAAACCCUCCUCCCCCAUCCCCUCCGCCUCUCCGUUUCCUCUCCGCCCGCCGCUCGCCGGCGCCGCCCGAGAUCCGUCUCCGAGCUCCCCUCCCUUGUCGAGCUGCCGGCCGGCGAUGGAGACCAGCACCCCUCGCAGGGCACCAGCAGCAGACGCUGCUGCGGCGUCCUCCUACGUCUCCAUGUCCCCGUCCCCCUCCCACACCCCGCGCUCCUCCACCAAGGCCAAACGAACGCUCAACAACGGCGCUGCCAUCGUCGCCUCCUCCCCUUCCCCUUCCCCUUCCCUUGCCAAGGGGGGCGGCGGCGGCGGCGGAGUUAACAUCCAGGUCCUCCUCAGAUGCAGGCCUUUAAACAAGGAGGAGCUGAGCAUAAACACUCCUGUGGUGAUCACGUGCAACGAGCAGAGGCGAGAGGUUUCCGCUGCCCAGAACAUUGCAAACAAACAGAUUGAUCGAACAUUUGUAUUUGACAAGGUGUUCGGACCAAAGUCUAAACAGCAGGAUGUGUUCAACCAUGCCGUUGUUCCACUUGUUGGUGAAGUUCUGGAUGGUUACAACUGCACAAUAUUUGCUUAUGGGCAGACUGGAACUGGAAAAACAUACACAAUGGAAGGAGGAGGGGGCAAAACACAGAAUGGCGAGCUUCCAUCUGAUGCUGGUGUUAUUCCAAGGGCUGUCAAGAGAAUAUUUGAUAUUCUCGAGGCACAGAGUGCAGAAUACAGCAUGAAGGUCUCAUUUCUUGAAUUAUAUAACGAGGAACUCACUGAUCUUUUAGCUCCAGAGGAGUCUAAAUUCUCAGAUGACAAAUCAAAGAAGCCCAUGGCACUCAUGGAAGAUGGGAAGGGAGGAGUUUUUGUUAGGGGACUGGAGGAAGAGGUAGUUUCUUCAGCCAGUGAGAUAUAUAAGAUACUUGAGAGAGGUUCUGGCAAAAGGAAAACCGCUGAAACUUUCCUCAACAAGCAAAGUAGUCGGUCACACUCUAUUUUCUCAAUCACCAUCCAUAUCAAGGAAUGCACACCAGAGGGUGAAGAAAUGAUCAAGUGUGGAAAGCUUAACCUUGUUGAUCUUGCUGGUUCAGAGAACAUAUCCCGGUCAGGUGCUAGAGAUGGCCGAGCCAGAGAAGCAGGAGAGAUCAACAAAAGUUUGCUUACCCUUGGGCGUGUCAUUAAUACUCUCGUGGAGCACUCUGGUCACAUACCAUACAGAGAUAGCAAGUUGACGAGAUUGUUAAGAGAUUCCUUGGGUGGAAAGACAAAGACUUGCAUCAUCGCAACCAUUGCGCCUUCGGUGCAUUGCCUUGAUGAGACAUUAAGCACACUAGACUAUGCGCACCGUGCCAAAAAUAUCAAGAACAAACCAGAGGUUAAUCAGAAGAUGAUGAAAUCUGCACUCAUCAAAGAUUUAUACUUCGAAAUGGACCGCCUCAAGCAAGAACUGUAUGCUGCUAGGGAAAAGAAUGGUAUUUAUAUUCCAGGGGAACAAUACCUAGCCGAUGAAGCUGAAAAGAAGGCUAUGUCAGAGAAGCUAGACCGUUUAGAGCUUGGUUUGGAGUCAAAAGACAAGCAACUAGAUGAGCUCCAAGGACUGUACGAUUCUCAGAAAGUGUUAAGUGCGGACUUAAGCGAUAAGCUUCAGACAUUGCAGAAAAGGAUGCAGGAAACUGAGUGCGCCCUAGCAGUCCUUGAAGAGAAGUAUAUGCAGGCAAACAAUACAAUAAAAGAGAAGGAGUAUCUGAUAGAAAAUCUUCUUAAAACAGAAAAAGUUCUUGUUGAUGAAGCUCACACGCUUCGGACUGAGCUGGAGAAUACAACAGAUGAUCUAUCUGGGCUAUUUUCAAAAUUAGAAAGGAAGGGCAAGAUUGAAGAUGCAAACAAAAAUAUAGUUGGACACUUCCAUUCUCAGCUCACUCAAGACAUGAAUAUCUUGCAUAGAAACAUCUCAACUUCGGUCUCUCAACAGGAGAGCCAACUGAAAGUACUUGAAGAGGAGAUGCAAUCUUUUAUCACCUCGAAGGGCAAGGUUGCUGGAGGACUUCAAAAUCAAGUAAGAGAAAUGAAAGAGAGCUUCAGUUCAAGGAUUGCAGAAUUGCAUGGCUUUGCUAAUGAGCUCAACCUCAAAUCCCAAUUAAGCUCUGAGAAGCUGAAUGCCCAAGUUAGCGCACACACAUCUGAUCUGGAGGAUUGUUUGAAGGGCCUCUUAGCUGAUGCUGACCAAUUACUCAUUGGGCUACAAAAUGGGCUCUCUCAGCAAGAAGAGAGCUUAAGUACAUUAGUUGAACAGCAGCAUGAGGGACUCACUAGAAAUGUGGAGAGAACAAAGUCUAUCUCAGCAACUACAAUGAAUUUCUUUAGAACAAUAGAUGCUCAUGCAUUGGAACUCAAAAGGAUAUUAGAAGAAUCGCAGGCAUCACAUCAAAAGCAACUUCUCCAGCUCCAAACAAAGUUUGAGGUCUGUGCCGCUGAUGAAGAGAAGUAUCUGAUGGAGAAGGUAGCAGGGUUAUUAGCAGAAUCAAAUGCUAGAAAGAAAAAUAUGGUUCGAGAUGACAUAAGCAGCCUUGCUAAGACGGCUUCUGAGCGAUCCAACAGUUUGCAAACUGAAACCACCAAGUUUCAUGAUUUCACAUCUUCUAUGAGUGAGCAAUGGGAAGCCUACGUGGAGACAACCGAAGAGGCAUUUCACAGAAACAUAUCCUCUGUUGAACAGAAGAAAUGUUGCUUGGUGGAGAAUCUCCAGCAGUGUAAAACAAGGACACAAUUAUGCUCAGAACAGUGGAGCAAUGCGCAAAAUUCAAUACUGGUACUUGGAAGAAGCAAUGCAGAAACAAUAGGUUCAGUCAUCAGCGAUGGAAAUGAGGCAAACAGCCAACUUCACAUGAGAUUUUCAUCUGCUGUCAGCACUGCUCUUGAAGAUAAUGAUAUUUCAAGCGAAGCUCUUGUUUGCUCUAUAGACGAUUCACUAAGGUUGGACCGUGGGAUCUGUGACACUGUGAGACCUAUCAUCACCGCAUCGCAGAUGCAGCUUGGUGACCUUCAAAGGAGGCACCAUGAGAAGACGUUGGGGAUAUCAGGGAAUGCCAACAGAUCAUUGGGGGAUGACUACAAGGUGGAUGAACCAACUUGUUCAACACCAACAAGGCGCCAGAUUAACAUCCCCAGCAGCCAAUCGAUCGAGGGCUUGGUAACUCCACUGGAAGACCUCGUCAAGUCAUUCAGGGACAGUAGAACUCCGUCGAAACUCGUGACUGGAAACGCGAAGCGCUUAGAUUUGGCAAUUGAGAUGGAGAGAGUUCCUCUCACUACAAUUAACUAGACACAGGGCACGAACUUUUACAUGUUCUUGAGAUGUUGGGGGUUGAUUUUGUAGUUCGAAGAUCAACCUUGGAGGUUGUAUGGCCUGAGCUAGUUGAUCUCUGUCGUAGAAGACAACAACAAAUGUAAUGUUAUUAUGCAACUGCUGUAGCAUUUCUAUCUUGGCAUUGCGAAGUUGGUAUACUAUGGGUAUUUGUGGAGACUUGGGUAA